AUGCCUCCAUCGACAUUACAGCUUCGUUGUUAUUCACAAUGGAUUAGGAGAAAACCCGCUGGGAGAAGUUGUUUGUUUUGCGGUUAUGGAAUUAUGGAGCAACGGCGUGGGAUUGUUGUUGUUCCAAGGCAUCCUAAAUAUAGAGCUGUAACACCUGCUCCCACAAGAACGGGUUAUCGAGAUCUGGCACCUGAUCCGGACACAGCACUACCACACGACACUAAUAAUAUCAAUCACAGCAGGUAUAAUAAUCAACUGCGAACAGAAUCGGAGAGCAAAGUGCGAGAUUUGACCAAUUCUGAAAGAGCUUGGCCGAGUAUUGAUGUAGAGACUCGCUUAGACUUUCAAGAAUUUAAAAUGGCUGCCUUAAGUCUCUCCUUCGAUAUGUCAGAAGAUUUAUCGUAUAGGAUGGCGCCUACAAAUGAACCUUUGGAAUCAAUCGCAUCAAAUCACGCAAUAUCGGAUCAAGAAGAUAUUACAACACUUCAGCUUUCUAAACAUUCUGAAAUCAAUUUGGUAGAGCAAUACGACAAUGUCUUAAAUUCUCUCAUCAAUGACCAUUUGGAUAUUUUUACGAAUUACUUUGCAUCCAACUUAAGCUCGGAGACUUCUAUUUCUUCUAUGGCAAUUGUCCAACUUGCAUCACAGGAGAUAAAUUCCGAUUAUUUAAGAGUCAGAGCCAAAAGAUCGAAAUUAAAAAGGUCUCCAUGUCCUGCAUCACUUUACAAUAACUUUCUGCGCCAGUUGUAUUGGAAUGGAGAUGGGGGGCCACCAAGUCCUCGCUAUAUAUUCCAGGCAUACAAACGACUCCCUUAUCCGCCUCCACGAUCCAUUAAUCCAGUUCAUCUCGAAACUCUCAUCGCAUUUUUUAUGGGUCAUGCAUCUAGGAGCGACCCUACAAUGUAUCUGACGAUUCUGAGUGAUAUUGCUGAAAGUGGCAUGCCUAUUUCCAUACAUGAGCAUAGUGCUGCACUGAUAUCGCUCGGCAAGCAACUUGAUAAAACCGAUAAAAAGCAUCAUGCCCAGAUACUUAUUGAAGAGCGAGUGGCUGAUCUUGAAAGCCAGGGCUCAAUUGGCCGAAAUAAUGAUUCUCAGCAGGAACUGAAUAAAGGACUUGAUACUCGCGAUCCUCUGAAGUUUGGGACCAAUGACAGCAAUGUGCAUGCAUUGAAUGCGUUGCUAAGUAUAGCAUUGAAGUCAGGGAGUUCAAGUAGUGCUGUGGAAAAGAUUUUCAGCGAGUUGAGCGGAAGAGCUGAUAGAUUCACCAGAGUAUUGAUGCUUUCAUACUAUGGCAAGAAGCGUGAUGGUCGACAAGUAAAGACGCAGUAUCGCAAUAUAAUUGACUCUGGAGAUAUUAUCGACAUGCCAGUUUUGAACUUAGUCAUGAAAUACUUUUUGCUGUGUGGAUAUGUUGAAGAAGCUGAGUCUAUGUUACAUAAGCUUGUACGUCAGAAGUCAAAGGCGGAAGGUUCACAGAUAAUGGGCAGUCAUUCUCAUAGAAAGCUUGAAUCACAACUUCGCAGCCGAGUGACUAUCAUGGAUUAUUUAUUAAAAAUACUAAGAGACAAGAAUAUUGAUGUUGGUCGUCGCUAUUCGGUCCCAUUAGUACCAGAUUUCUACACAUUCGGCAAUUUCUUUCAGUAUUAUUGUUUAGGUGUGGGGAAUUUUAACAAGUCUGUCGAAAUACUACGCCUAAUGACAGAAGAAGCCGGUUACCUUCCGGACAAACAUAUUUUUAUUAACUUUUACAAAGCAUUUUAUCUGCAUCACCAUAAUAUGGCUAACGAGUGGACCCUGCAGAGGCUCAACUACAUCACCGAGUUGGUCUGUCAUUACGAACUCCUUCAAGCUGAAAAGCAUGGGGAGCAUUUCUGUACUACGAAUAUGGCAGUUGCCGCAUUUCGUGCCUAUCGUAUGCUUGCCCCCACUUCCAAUACUGAUUUCGACGCCCUUGAGCGCCAAUUGAGCAAAAAAGGCUCGAGAAAGCGUUUCUAUAAUGUAUUUACAACUCUGAAAAAGCUAUCCACAACGCGUUUGGAAUGA